AUGGCCGAGCGGUCUAAGGCGCUGCGUUCAGUCACGCCUGAGCUGUUCUCGUCAGAAGAAGCUCGUGAAGAUUGGGAGAGGAUAGUAGGGGGUACGAAGGCACCGAAUGGAUCAGUGCCCUACCAGGUGUCUCUACGCAUAUAUGGUACUAGACAUUUCUGUGGAGCAUCGAUAAUUACACCAAAAGUCAUUCUAACCGCUGCUCAUUGCGUUGAUAGAUUAAAACCUCAAUACUUCAAGGCAAUAGUCGGAACCAAUCAGCUUCGUUCUGGUGGCACAGCAUAUGCAAUCCGCAAAGUUGUACAACAUGAGAAUUACGAUGAUGAAAUAAUCAAAAACGAUAUAGCUAUUAUUUUUACGGAGGAAGAGAUAGAGUUUAAUAGUACAAUUAAUGCUAUAGAGUUAAAUGAUGAACCUGUGGAGAAGGGGGAAGAUUUACUUCUCACAGGGUGGGGAGCAACUGCUUAUCCGGGUCGCCUACCCAAUGAUUUGAUGCAGCUGGAACUGAAGGCAGUCAGCCACGAAGAUUGCAAGGAAGCUCACAAAAGUGUCAACGCCGUUUUCGAGUCGCAGAUUUGUGCGAUGACUAAGGCUGGGGAAGGGGCUUGUCAUGGUGAUUCAGGUGGACCAUUGGUGAGAGAAGGUCGCCAGGUGGGCGUUGUAUCUUGGGGUAUUCCGUGUGCUAGAGGCAAACCGGAUGUCUAUACGAAAGUGGAAGCCUACAUGAGUUGGAUAGAGAAGACAUUAUAUGAUGACGAUGAGGACCACAUAUUGUUCCUUCAUAAAAGGAGGAAAACAAACAAACACUGGAUUUAAGUUUCGCUAUGACAAAUUUUAAAGCA